AUGUGCCUCCCAGGAUCCCAGAUCUCUCCUGCCCGUCUCUACUACCCUGUGUCGGCUCCCUGGAUCCGCACCGGGGCCCUGACCUCCUCGAGACUUCCACGGCGGCGGGAGUCAGGGCCUCUUCGCGUGCCUCCGCGGUCCGUCCAAGCUGAACGCAUCCUGAGGCUGCCGGCUUUCGGUCUCCCGUUGCUGGCGCUUCUGUUGGUUCUGCUGCUGCCAGUGCGCGCUCAGAAUCCCGAUGCGAAGGUCGUGAGCAUGGGCGUGGAAUGGCUGACUCGCUAUGGCUACCUGCCACCAGCGGAUCCUGUCCACGCCCAGAUGCAGAGUCUUGAGAAACUGCAGGAUGCAAUCAAAGUCAUGCAGAGAUUUGCGGGACUACCUGAGACUGGACAAAUGGACCCAAUGACAAUAAAGACCAUGCGCAAGCCCAGGUGCUCCCUGCCUGAUGUCCUGGGUGCAGCUGGGCUGGUCAGACGCCGACGUCGCUAUUCUCUGAGUGGCAGUGUGUGGAAGAAACGCACCCUGACAUGGAGUAUCCGGUCCUUCUCUCAGAAAUCCCAGUUGAGCCCGCAGAUUGUUCGGACCCUACUAAGCUAUGCCUUGGCUGUCUGGGCUGCUGAGUCAGGCCUUACAUUCCAGGAGGUGAAUUCUCAGGAGGAGCCUGACAUCAUUAUCCAUUUUGCCCGGGCCUACCACCAGGACAGUUACCCCUUUGAUGGGGCUGGUGGCACGUUGGCUCACGCCUUCUUCCCUGGGGAGCACCCUAUCUCUGGAGACACGCACUUUGAUGAUGAAGAGACCUGGACUUUUGGGUCAACAGAUGAUAACGGAAUCGACCUAUUUGCAGUAGCAGUUCAUGAAUUUGGCCACGCCCUAGGCCUUGGCCACUCUUCUGCACCCAACUCUAUUAUGCGGCCCUUCUACCAGGGCCCGGUGGGUGACCCUGCCACAUACCGUUUGCCCCAGGAUGACCGUGACGGACUACAGCAGCUCUAUGGGAGAGUGUCCCAAAAUCCAAAUGCCAGGCCCACAAGGAAACCCCUGGUUCCGCCUCCCCAGCCUCCAGCCAUGCCCCCUGACAGCCCCUCCACACCUGUGCCUGACCGCUGUGAGGGCAACUUUGAUGCCGUUGCCAACAUCCGAGGGGAAAUUUUCCUCUUCAAAGGCCCAUGGUUUUGGCGCCUCCAACCCUCAGGACAGCUGGUAUCACCCCGCCCUGCUGGGUUGCACCGCUUUUGGGAGGGGCUGCCAACCCACGUGAAAGUCAUCCAGGCUGCCUAUGCCCGACCCCUAGAUGGCCGAAUCAUCCUCUUCAGCGGCCCGCAGUUCUGGGUGUUCCAGGAACGACAGCUUGAGGGUGCAGCGCGGCCACUGGUAGAGUUUGGGCUGCCCCCAGGAGAAGACGUGGAUGCUGUGUUCUCAUGGCCUCACAAUGGCAAGACAUACCUGAUCCGAGGCCAAAAGUACUGGCGGUAUGACGAGGUGGCCGCCCGCCCAGACCCUGGCUACCCACGUCCCUUGAGUCUCUGGGAGGGGGCGCCCUUUGCCCCAGAUGAUGUCACCAUCAGCAACACAGGUGACACUUACUUUUUCAAGGGCACCCAUUUCUGGCGCUUUGCGGAGGGCAGUGUCAAAGCUGAGUCAGAUUCCCCCCAGCCCAUUGGGCCCAAGUGGCUGGACUGCCCUGCCCCCAACUCUGACCCUCGAGUCACCAGUCCCCCGAAAACGACAUCCAAAACCCGAAGCUGUGAUUGUCACUGCGAGCUCAAUCAAGCCUCAGAGCAGCUGUUGCCUCUCCUGCUGCCUUUCCUACCCCUAGUGGCUGGAGCGGUCUUUUCUUACUGA